GAGCAGAGCCAGCUGCCAGCGGUGCUGCCCGUCACUCCCGGGGACUGCUGCAUGGUCCAGCUUCUUAGAGGAUUACCAUGUCUGCUCAAGAUGAAGGAGGCCGGGACCCCCCUAAACCCAAGGGCAAGACCCUGGGCAGCUUCUUCGGGUCCCUGCCUGGCUUCAGUUCUGCUCGGAACCUGGUGGCCAACACCCACAGCUCAGCAAGAGAGUCCCGGCCAGUUGCAGAUCCUGCAGGUGCUCCAGCCCCCGAGGCCGCCCAGCCCCAGGCUCAGGCGGCCACCGACCCGGAGCAGAUGGCCAAGGGGGCAGAGAAGAUGCUGCCGCCUUCAGACAAGAUGAUCUCCGGAGCAAAGGACCUGGUGUGCUCCAAGAUGACCAAGACCAAGGAUGCCAUCUCCUCUGGGAUGGCCAGCGUGGUGGACACAGCUAAAGGCGUGGUCCAGGGAGGCCUGGGCAUGACCCGAUCGACGCUCACAGGCACCAAGGAUGCUGUGGCCAGUGGGGUAACAGGGGCAGUGGGUGUGGCCAAAGGGGCCGUUCAGACAGGUGUGGACACCACCAAGACUGUGCUGACCGGAACCAAGGACACCGUCUGCAGUGGGGUGACUGGCGCCAUGAACAUGGCCAAGGGGACCAUCCAGACUGGCAUGGACACCACCAAAACCGUCCUGACUGGCACCAAAGAUACAGUGUCCACUGGACUCACUGGGGCAGCGAACAUGGCCAAGGGGACUGUCCAGACUGGCAUGGACACCACCAAGACCGUCUUGACAGGCACCAAAGAUACAGUGGCCACUGGGCUCACUGGGGCAGUGGGUGUGGCCAAGGGGGCCAUCCAAACUGGCAUGAACACCACCAAGACCAUCUUGACUGGCACCAAAGAUACAGUGGCCACUGGGCUCACUGGGGCAGUGAACAUGGCCAAGGGGACUGUCCAGACUGGCAUGGACACCACCAAGACCGUCUUGACAGGCACCAAAGAUACAGUGGCCACUGGGCUCACUGGGGCAGUGAACAUGGCCAAGGGGACUGUCCAGACUGGCAUGGACACCACCAAGACCAUCUUGACUGGCACCAAAGAUACAAUGGCAACUGGGCUCACUGGGGCAAUGGGUGUGGCCAAGGGGGCCAUCCAAACUGGAAUGGACACCACCAAGACCGUCUUGACUGGCACCAAAGAUACAGUGGCCACUGGGCUCACUGGGGCAGUGGGUGUGGCCAAGGGGGCCGUCCAAACUGGCAUGGACACCACCAAGACUGUCUUGACAGGCACCAAAGAUACAGUGGCCACUGGGCUCACUGGGGCAGUGAACAUGGCCAAGGGGACUGUCCAGACUGGCAUGGACACCACCAAGACCGUCUUGACAGGCACCAAAGAUACAGUGGCCACUGGGCUCACUGGGGCAGUGAACAUGGCCAAGGGGACUGUCCAGACUGGCAUGGACACCACCAAGACCAUCUUGACUGGCACCAAAGAUACAAUGGCCACUGGGCUCACUGGGGCAAUGGGUGUGGCCAAGGGGGCCAUCCAAACUGGAAUGGACACCACCAAGACCGUCUUGACUGGCACCAAAGAUACAGUGGCCACUGGGCUCACUGGGGCAGUGGGUGUGGCCAAGGGGGCCGUCCAAACUGGCAUGGACACCACCAAGACUGUCUUGACAGGCACCAAAGAUACAGUGGCCACUGGGCUCACUGGGGCAGUGAACAUGGCCAAGGGGACUGUCCAGACUGGCAUGGACACCACCAAGACCAUCUUGACUGGCACCAAAGAUACAAUGGCCACUGGGCUCACUGGGGCAAUGGGUGUGGCCAAGGGGGCCAUCCAAACUGGAAUGGACACCACCAAGACCGUCUUGACUGGCACCAAAGAUACAGUGGCCACUGGGCUCACUGGGGCAGUGGGUGUGGCCAAGGGGGCCGUCCAAACUGGCAUGGACACCACCAAGACUGUCUUGACAGGCACCAAAGAUACAGUGGCCACUGGACUCACUGGAGCAGUGGGUGUGGCCAAGGGGGUCGUCCAGACUGGCAUGGACACCACCAAAACCGUCCUGACUGGCACCAAAGAUACAGUGGCCACUGGGCUCACUGGGGCAGUGAACAUGGCCAAGGGGACCGUCCAAACUGGCAUGGACACCACCAAAACUGCCUUGACUGGCAGCAAAAAUACAGUGUCCACUGGACUCACUGGGGCAGUGGGUGUGGCCAAGGGGGUCGUCCAGACUGGCAUGGACACCACCAAAACCGUCCUGACUGGCACCAAAGAUACAGUGGCCACUGGGCUCACUGGGGCAGUGGGUGUGGCCAAGGGGGCCGUCCAAACUGGAAUGGACACCACCAAGACUGUCUUGACAGGCACCAAAGAUACAGUGGCCACUGGGCUCACUGGGGCAGCGAACAUGGCCAAGGGGACCGUCCAAACUGGCAUGGACACCACCAAAACUGCCUUGACUGGCACCAAAAAUACAGUGUCCACUGGACUCACUGGGGCAGUGGGUGUGGCCAAGGGGGUCGUCCAGACUGGCAUGGACACCACCAAAACCGUCCUGACUGGCACCAAAGAUACAGUGGCCACUGGGCUCACUGGGGCAGUGGGUGUGGCCAAGGGGGCCAUCCAAACUGGAAUGGACACCACCAAGACCGUCUUGACAGGCACCAAAGAUACAGUGGCCACUGGGCUCACUGGGGCAGUGAACAUGGCCAAGGGGGCCGUCCAAACUGGAAUGGACACCACCAAGACUGUUUUGACAGGCACCAAAGAUACAGUGGCCACUGGGCUCACUGGGGCAGUGGGUGUGGCCAAGGGGGUCGUCCAGACUGGCAUGGACACCACCAAAACCGUCCUGACUGGCACCAAAGAUACAGUGGCCACUGGGCUCACUGGGGCAGUGGGUGUGGCCAAGGGGGCCGUCCAGACUGGCAUGGACACCACCAAGACCGUCUUGACAGGCACCAAAGAUACAGUGGCCACUGGGCUCACUGGGGCAGUGGGUGUGGCCAAGGGGGCCGUCCAGACUGGCAUGGACACCACCAAGACCGUCUUGACAGGCACCAAAGAUGUGGUGUCCACUGGGCUCACUGGGGCAGUGGGUGUGGCCAAGGGGGUCGUCCAGACUGGCAUGGACACCACCAAGACUGUCUUAACCGGCACCAAAGAUGUGGUGUCCACUGGGCUCACUGGGGCAGUGGGUGUGGCCAAGGGGGCCAUCCAGACUGGCAUGGACACCACCAAGACUGUCUCGACCGGCACCAAAGAUACUGUGGCCACUGGGCUCACUGGAGCAGUGGGUGUGGCCAAAGGGGCUGUGCAUACUGGGCUGAAUACAACCCAGAACAUUGCAACAGACACAUGGGACACCGUCUAUAGUGGCGUGACUAAUGCCGUGAAUGUGGCCCAAGUGGCCGCCCAGGGGGGCCUGGACACCUGGAAGGCCGUCUCUGUGGACUCUAAAGAUGCUGUGACCAGUGGGCUCCGCAGGGCAGGGGGUGUGGCCCAAGGAGCUGUGCAAACUGGCCUCGGCACCAUCCAGCAUUGGCUGCCUGGUUCCCAGGAUGCCACCUCAAGUAGACUCGCCAGUUCCAGGACCUCGGAUGAAGGAGGGGAACAAACCAUUCAAAGCCCUCAUGAGGCUCAGUCCUGCUGGGUCUCCACAUCCCCGCACAGUCUCUGUGAAGGCCUGGACCUUGCAGGUGAAGCCACCGCCAGCACAGAGGACCUCGUGUCAGCUGUGAUGACAUUCACACAAGAGGCCGUACUGGGCAAGGAGGAUGUGGGACACGGGGCCACCACACAUGGCCACGAAGGGGCCCAGAGCUUCGUGACACUCCGGAAUGAGUUGGAGGAGCUGGGGGAGAUCUUCCAGCCCAUGAGUGCUGAGGAACAAGCUCGGCUGGCUGUCUCCCAACCUAGGCCAAGAGUGCUCACGGCUGACCAAGGAAGCUACUUUGUGCGUCUGGGUGACUUGGCCCCCGGCUUCCGACAGCGGGCUUUCGAGCACGCCCUGAGCCACCUGCAGCAUGGCCAGUUCCAGGCCAGGGCCGCGCUGGCCCAGCUCGAGGAUGCCUUUGUCAAGACUGAGAAAGCCCAGCAGGCUCCAGUCAGGCAGGACCAGGAUCAGAGCAGCGGAGCAGAGGAAGCCGGUGCCCAAGAGGUGCCAGACGCCGGGGCUCUGUCCAAGGCCUGCGGCCUCAUUCAGCAGCUCCACGUGGCCUACAGCGCCCUGGCCUCCGGCCUCCAGGGCCUUCCUGCCGAGCUCCAGCAGCAGGUCGGCCAGGCACGGCGCAGCCUCUGCGAGCUCUACAGCGUCGUCUCCUCUGCUGACUGCGGUGCGGAGCUGCCGGCGGAGCGCCUGGCUCAGAGCCGCUGGGCUGUAGUCCAGGCGUGGCAGCGGCUGGAGCAGCUGCUGGAGGGCGUGCAGCACAGCCCUCCGCUCAGCUGGCUGGUGGGGCCCUUUGCCCUGCAGCCCGGGGGGCAGCAGCUGUAGGAGCCCCUCCUCUGCCUGGGGAGCCCUCUGCCGAGCCUUCUCCCUGGCCUGAAACCAGCUCCAACCCCCGGAGCUCCGGCCCCUGCAGGCUGGCACCAAUGGAGACACCAAGCUGCCACACCACCCACCCGGCUCCCGCCCUGCCCACACUGUCCACCUUUCUCCCCGAGCACGGCUGGACCUUCUCCUGGCCGAGCGGCCUCAGGCUGCUAAGACCCUAGACGGGGGCCUUCGCCUGAAUAUCUCGAGCAAGUGCUCCAAUUAGGAAUGAGAAUUGGAGUCGUGCCUAAGUCUCGAAGGCUCUCCACUCAGCACCUGCACUCCGACCCUUUUAUCCUUCACGUCUAGGGCAGGUCAUCUACCCAAGUCUGGGCCCUUUAGCUGCCAGCUUAGCAGGCGGCUCUGCUCCUCCGUCCUGGGCUCCAGGCAGCUCCACCCUUGCUCUCAAAGCACACACCCCUCAGCAGACAGCCCACACCCCAAGUACCAGAACGCCACCAUCGUCCUGAGGCAGGCAGGCUCCCACCGCCUCUGCUGACCCCUGGAGGGGCCAAGAGGCUUCAAGAAGACCAAGCUGCAGCAGCCACCACCGGCGAGGACUGGCCUUUGCAGGCAGGGGAUGAGCACACGUCCCUUCCUGCCUCGGCCCACUCGCCUGCUGGCCCAUCCACAUGGUCACGGUUGAGCAUAACGACACCAGAGCUGAUGUUCUUGGGUCCCCAAGGUGCCUGGGCACAGAGGCUGCCGAUGAAGGAAUAAAAGGACUCCCUUACAAGGAACAGGACCCUAGAGGGCACGCGACAAAAUGUGCUCGACAUGCACUCAGGUGUUGGUCACAUGCUCCAGCCCACAGACGGGCUGGGAUGGCAGCCGUGGGUCCACGGCCCCUUCCUUCCUGGAGCCUCAGGGCAGCCUGGUGAUGGAUGCCGCAUGUGGGAAGCUGGAGCCACAGAGGUCCUGCCCCCACCCCUUGCCCUGUUCCUGCUCCCCUGGGGCAGAACACCAGCAGCCUGACUCUUGUUAAAAGCCCCUAUUUCCUAGAACCUGUAUCACGCCAGCAAACCCCUGGCUGUCUCCCUGAUGGAGGGCUUGAAGCGCACCCUCCUCUCAGAAAUGAUGGGGUGCUCUGAGCUCCCGGACGGAUGCGCCAGCUCCCCUCAGAGGGUCACCAUGGCUGCCAGGAGCCCUGAGAGGCCCUGCACUUCUGGCUGUGACCUGCACCCAGUCCUUCCUUCCUUGGUUUCCAUCACGUAGUCAUCAGAGGUGGUGACACUGGAAACAGUCAUUCCCAGAAAUUGAGCUCAGUGACAACCUCAAGUCUAACCACACCAUGGCCCCUCUCUCAGUUGGGAUGUAGGGGCUCAGCCACGGGCAGGGCAGAGGACACACAGCAGAGGCCACAGUUUAAGCAGCAGCUACCGUGGCUGAGAACCGCGCACAUGUCUGCCAUCUGAAUCCAGGUGACAGGUGAGGCAAGAGAAGCCCCAGGUGGGAUUGCCACUUGUCCCACGUCACACACAUCACACAGCAAGGCUUGCCCCCAGCACCCACACCCUCUGUUAAGCACAGUGGACAGUCUGCACACAUCUCCUGGCCUGAGGGCUGGGGCCGGUGCUGCCAGGGCUCUGGGUCUUGCCCUGUGGGCCCCAGAGCCACCGCAGCCUGAGCGGGAACAGGAAACGGUCAGUUGAUGGAGUGAGGCAGCGGCUGCUCCCACCCAAGCACUGGGCCACAGACACAGGAACAUCAAACCACAGCCUCCUUCCGAGCUCCGAAGUUGAGAGGUUUGUAUUCCUCCUCCUGGACUUUUGGAAAGGCCUUGCUCCACCCCCACUGACUGUCAGCCCUGUAGGGCUGGGAGCAGCAUCAGAACCAAGUUCACAAGCGCUGUUAACGGUGACCCCAUGGCUUAAAACCCUCUGUCCCGCGACAGGCCCUUGACUGCUGCAAGCCGCUCCCCAGCUCUGGCCCAGCUGUACCAGUAACACCACUAGAAAACCAAGCCAA